AUGCCGCUUCUUGGCUUCGGCGUUUACCAGAUCGACAGGUCAGACUGCACAGAGGCAUGUCUUCGUGCCAUAUCUGCCGGCUACCGCCACCUCGACACAGCACAACUGUAUCAGAACGAAGAAGAGGUUGGUGCUGCACUGCUGCAGUGCGGCCUACCACGGGAGGAGAUCUUUGUCACCACUAAAAUCCGCUAUCCGCGUCUAGGAAAGGGAAAGACGUAUCUCCGUGCCCUGCAGAGCGUGCAGAAGAUCGACCCGCGUGAGAAUGGCUACGUUGACUUGUUUCUGAUACACAACCCGUAUGUGCUGAAGCCCAAGGACCGGAAGGAGAUGUGGCUCGCGCUCGAGAAGCUGCACGAGGAAGGCAGGGCGAAGGCGAUCGGGGUCAGCAGCUACAAGCCCGAGCACCUGGAGGAAAUGAGAGAGUAUGCGACGAUCUGGCCACCGGCUGUCAACCAAAUUCUGCUUCACCCCUGGACACAACAACGCGAGACGGUUGAUUACUGCAAUGAGCACGGCAUAGUCCUUCAGGCGUUCAGCCCACUGGCCAGAGGAAAGAAAUUGGAAGACACUACGGUCGCUGAUAUCGCACAGAGGUUGGCCAGGUCGCCGGCGCAAGUCCUGAUCCGUUACUGCUUGCAGAAGGGGUGGGCGCCGCUGCCAAAAAGCGUGAAUGAAGAGCGCAUAAAGCAGAAUGCGGACGUCUUCGACUUCGACAUCUCUGAAGGUGACAUGACAUUGCUUGAUGGCCUCGACAGUGGAAAAGGGCCGAGCUUUGAGUAA